UAGGUAGCCAAUAAAAGUUUUGUCGAGCUCGAGAGCAUACCUUAUCUAGAGCAGAGGAAGGAGAGAUAUAACUAUAGUGAAGAUUCAUCUCAGAUUCCUCUCCAAACAAAGAGACUUUAGCUCUUCUUCUUCUUCCAGAUUCCUUCACUUUUAUCGAAGAAGAGAUUGAAAAUACGGAAUCAAGAUCAUGGUAUCAUGCCGGGCAUUGGCGGUGACAAUGGCGUUGAUGGUGGUCACAGUGGGGUGCAAUUUCGUAAAAGGGUAUCCGGAAGAAGAUCUGGUGGUGAGGCUUCCUGGUCAACCAAAGGUUGGAUUCCGACAAUAUGCUGGAUAUGUGAAUGUGGACUCCAAGAAUGGUAGGAGUCUCUUCUACUACUUUGUUGAAGCUGACAAACAACCCGACACCAAACCCUUAACCCUUUGGCUUAAUGGAGGCCCAGGUUGUUCAUCAGUUGGUGGAGGAGCUUUCACUGAGUUGGGUCCUUUUUACCCAACUGGAGAUGGCCGUGGCCUCCGCAUUAACUCCAUGUCCUGGAACAAAGCCUCUAACCUUCUUUUUGUGGAGUCUCCGGCCGGUGUAGGAUGGUCUUACUCCAACACAAGCUCUGAUUACAACACCGGAGACGAAACUACUGCAAGCGAUAUGGUUGUCUUCUUGUUGAGAUGGUUCGACAAGUUCCCAGAGUUGAAAUCUCGUGACUUCUUUCUCACUGGUGAAAGCUACGCAGGACAUUACAUACCGCAACUGGCAGAUGCUAUACUCAGCUACAAUAUACACUCAACUGGGUAUAAGUUCAAUGUCAAAGGCAUUGCGAUUGGGAAUCCACUUCUGGAGCUUGGGAGGGACACAUCAGCUACAUACGAGUUCUUCUGGUCGCAUGGGAUGAUAUCUGAUGAAACGAGAGGCACAAUCACAACCCACUGUGAUUUUUCCAAUCUCCAUAACCUGAGCCAGGUCUGUAGUGAUGCGCUCAAGGAAGCCGACACUAUCAAUGGAUACGUCAACAACUACGACGUUCUCCUCGACGUAUGCUACCCUUCUAUUGUCCAGCAAGAGCUCAGACUCAAGCAAAUGGCUACUAAGAUUAGCAUGGGGGUGGAUGUAUGUAUGACCUACGAGAGAAAAUUCUAUUUCAACCUCCCAGAGGUCCAACAAGCUCUUCACGCCAACCGCACUCGUUUACCCUACCAAUGGUCUAUGUGCAGCAGCCUGGUGAAUUACAGAGACACGGACGCGAGCAUCAACAUGCUUCCGAUUCUUAAGAGAAUUAUACAGAACAAAACUCCUGUUUGGAUCUUCAGUGGAGAUCAAGAUGCUGUUGUACCACUUCUUGGUUCAAGAACUCUCGUACUAGAACUUGCUCAUCAUCUCAACUUCAGUACCACACUUCCCUAUAGGCCCUGGUUCCACAAAGAUCAGGUUGGUGGCUGGGUCACCGAGUACGGAAAGCUAUUGACGUUUGCAACGGUGAGAGGGGCGGCUCAUAUGGUGCCGUAUGCGCAGCCUUCACGAGCCCUGCAUAUGUUCAGUAGCUUUGUGCAUGGCCGAAGACUGCCCAACAACACACAUUACUCUCCCGAUGAAUGAAAGAGAACAGAUAUGUAAUAUUAGAUGAGGCAGUUAUGAUUAGUACCAAUUAGCUUGAAGUAUUCUCUUUCUGCUUGCUCGCUGUGGAAUGAUCUAGAAGUAACUUGACUAAGAUACAUUUACAAGGGAAACUAUCACACUCAUACUUUUA